AUGAGCAAGUCCGAUGGUACAUCAGUAGGAACUACCAAUACCCAACAAGCCAGCUUUGUCAAGUAUGCAUCGUUAAAUGAGAAAGGAUUCUUUGCCGCUCUGCAAGAUGCCGGUUUCCCCGACAUGUCGCGAAAUCCCUUGGCAGGCUUUGUCUUUCAAGGGCUUGUGACGAGCACAUCCAAUAAUAACAACAACAAUGGUGGUGUCGGUGUCAUGUUGGAUACUUUUGAGCAAGCCAUUGACACGGCCGCCAAGACACGAAAACUGUUUCUUUGUCAUGCCAUUACUAUCAAUAGUACAGAUGGUGACGAGGAGGAGGAAGAUGCCACAGUGGGACUGUCCCUCAAGGGAUUUCAACAAAUGGGAGUCCACUUUUUGGGUAUGAGCGAUGAUGAUCACAACGGUGAAGCCAUGUUUCCCAUGGUCCGUGCUGCCAUUAAAACAGUUCCCAUGGCCAACUCCUCCUCCAUGCGGUCACUGUUGGUUCGUUCCAUGCUCGACGCCGAAGCCUUUGCACGGUACAACAAGAACAAGACGGGCUUUAUGGAUGAAUCCGAGUUGUUGGCAUUUUCCUUUGCCCUUGUCAUUCUCUGCCAAGUUUUUAAUGACGUGAUCGCCGAGGACAAUUUGAAUGAAGAAGGACUGACUCGCAAGACAUUCUCCAGUGCGCUCAAGAGAAUUGGAGUGGCCUGUCUCGAACGAACCUUGCAAGGACAGUUCAUGGAUUCCGUAUACAACCGAACCGAUCGAGACGAUUCGGGGAGUAUUUCCUUUCCCGAAUUCGUCAAGGCCGGCAUGUCACUGAUUUAUCCUGUCACACAUCACUCUUAUAUCUGCACCAUCACGGGAUAUCCAGGAUGGUCCGAGUUGGCAGCUGCACCGGCAACUUGCGAAACCACGGCACAAUUGGUCCAACGACUAUCAUCGUUAAACACGGGAGAUAUCGUUCUCAUGCAAGACGACAAGGGGGCCAUGGGACAAUUCAUCAACUUUAGCCUCAAUACACCAUGGUCCCAUGCAUCGGUUGUCGUCAGAAGGUCUCCUCUUUGUGGCCAAAGCCCCCAUCAAAAAACGGAAGAACUACUCCGUGCCUAUCCCUUUCGUCGCACGGCCCAUCAAUUUUGUUCACCGGGGUACUGUCGCUGCUUUGACGACACUACCGGAGACUUUGCGCCAUCCAAAUUGACCGGUUUGGGACAUGUCGGAUUGCUGGAAUCGACAGGAGAGGGGAUUCAUCUCUACGAUCUCGCGCAUCGCUUGUUUGAAUCGGGAGCCAAACCAUGGACGUCCAUUGCCAUUGCCCGAUUGCACAAUGCCCCCGGACGAGAUGACACGGAGCGCAUCAAUUCCUUUAUCCAAUCCGUACGAGGUGGAAUCUAUACAGUGGCCAAGGAUGAAAUCAAAGCCGCCAUUUCCUACCACAAGCGAGACAACAGUUACAGCAACAGCAACGACAAACUACAAGACAAUGACAAUUCACAGGACUUUCCCCAAGGAGCGCGAGGAUCCGAUGACUUUUGCGCCUCUAUCGUGCAACGGUUCUACCAUCACAUGGGAUGGGUGGAUCAAUCUAGGCCAUUUAAUUCUGUCAUGCCGUCGGAUUUUGAUGUUUUUGCCGAGGCCCAAACAGCCAGGACCGGUCUUGGCAUUUCCAUUCGCACGUGCCCGAUUGAAUUGUUGGAGGAAAAGGGCUGGUUGGGGACGUUGGAGCUUGUGACGUGCCCGGAUCUGAACGCCCAACUGCCAUUGAAAUUGCCAAAGAAAAAGAAAUGAGUGGCUCGCGGCAAACAAGGCUAACCUCAUGAAAUAAGUGAGAGAUCCCACAGUUCCUCGCGGGGGAGCUGCCCGUUUCCACGAUAUCCGAAAGGGGCAGCAAUCCACCCUAGUUCUUGGCAAUUGCAUCGAACACAUUGGAUGAGGAACCAGGAAAUCCACAGCCGGUUCUACUAUAAAUAUGAGGCGCCGGUGCAUCGUCAUCUCCUGCAACCAACGAUGGUGAAGGAUUCUGUCUGGUCCACCCGUAGUGAACCAUUCGUGUCGGCGCGAACAUUAUUUUGGGCCCACACGAGGCCAGUUACCAUACAGGAUACAGACCAGUUAGCAGUACUUGGUUUAACUUUGACCUCUACUAAGAUCCCAGAUUGGUUGAUGCUUGAAAGAGAAACUGUGGAUGCUUUGUUUGUUCUUGAGCUGUACACUCGCAAUUCAAUACAUAUUAUAGAAACCACAAAUGCUAUAGAUUGUGCGGU